GCUGCAUGCAAUUUCGUCAAAUCUCACGUGGACUCCAGCAGCGUUGAUUCCCUCUUCUAUGCUGCGCAGUCCAUCCGGGUCCUGUCAGGCUGUGAGGUUACCAUUUCCAAUGAGACCAGGGAGCUGCUGCUUGCGGCUGUCAGCGAGGAUUCCUCAAUCACCCAGAUCUUCCACGCUGUUGGGGCCCUGAGCAGCUUUGGCCUUCCGUUAGCAUCUCAGGAAGCACUCAGUGCUCUUACUGCUCGUCUUAGCAAAGAAGAAAAUGUGCUGGCAACCAUCCAGGCUUUGGAGACGGCAUCUUACUUGUCCCAGCAGGCAGAUCUGAGUGGCAUCGUUGAGGAGAUAGAGGACCUUGUUGCUCGCCUGGAUGACUUGGGUGGAAUUUAUCUGCAGUUUGAAGAAGGAAUUGAGACGACUGCACUGUUUGUUGCUGCUGCCUAUAAGCUGUCGGACCAUGUGGGUACAGAGCCAGCCAUGAAGGAGGAUCAAAUUAUCCAGUUGAUGAAUGCAAUUUUUAGCAAGAAAAACUUUGAGACCCUCUCGGAGGCCUUCAGCGUUGCUUGUGCCGCAGGUUCUUUAUCCCGGAACCGCUACCACUUGCCUGUCAUUAUUGUCCCCGAUGGGCCUGCAGCUGUCUCACACCAUCAGCCUGUACUCAGGCUACAAGUGACAGAUGUGAUGUCCCAGCCACUGACUCAGGCUUCUGUAAAGCUUGACUACGCCAAGUCUGCAUCUAGCAAAGCCAUUGUCCUUCAGCAGGCAGCAUUUGCACUCUCAGGGGAUGUCUUUGAGCUGAACUUCAUGAAUGUGAAACCAGCAAGUGGAUAUUAUGAUUUCUCUAUCAGCGUUGAUGGAGAUCAGCGAUUCAUUGCUAACAAAGUUGAGCUGAAAGUGAAAGUUUCCACUGAAGUUGGGAUUACUAAUGUAGAUCUCUCUACUGUGGAUAAAGAUCAGAGCAUUGCGCCGAAAACAACCAGGGUAACUUUCCCAGCCAAAGCCAAGGGCUCAUUCACUGCUGACAGCCAUCAGAAUUUUGCUUUAUCCUUCCAGCUGGUAGACGUGAACAGUGGAGCUGAACUCAUCCCUCACCAGACUUUUGUCCGACUUCACAACCAAAAGACUGGCCAGGAGGUAGUGUUUGUUGCAGAACCAGAUAGCAAGAACGUAUACAAGUUUGAACUGGAUACCUCUGAAAGAAAGACUGAAUUUGACUCUGCCUCUGGUACCUACACUCUUUACUUGAUAAUUGGAGAUGCCACACUGGAGAAUCCAAUCCUGUGGAACGUGGCUGAUGUUGUCAUCAAAUUCCCAGAAGAGGAUGCACCAUCCACGGUCCAGUCCAAGAACCUCUUUGUUCCCAAACCUGAAAUCCAGCACCUCUUCAGGGAGCCUGAGAAGAGGCCUCCCACUGUGGUAUCUAACACUUUCACAGCACUGAUUCUCUCCCCCCUGCUUUUGCUGCUCAUUCUGUGGAUAAAGAUAGGUGCCAACAUCUCCAACUUCAGCUUUGCUCCCAGCACCAUUGUUUUUCACAUGGGACAUGCUGCAAUGUUGGGACUCAUGUAUGUCUACUGGACUCAGCUCAAUAUGUUCCAGACUCUGAAGUACUUGGCCAUUUUGGGUGGCGUCACAUUCCUGGCAGGCAACAGGAUGCUGGCUCAGAAAGCAGUGAAACGGAUCGCUGCAGAGCAGAGCAGUAGGUUGGCAAAGUAUAGAACGCUGCGGUAAAAGGGGGUUUUGCUAGUGACCAGCUCUUCUAGAAGGCACACUAGUACCAGAAGAAUGGAAGAAAUGGGGAAAAA